AUGUCUGGAGUAAAAAAUGAAAAACAGGUUGAAAGUGAGAACAUUCGUUUAGACGUGGUUGGACCAGAUAAUCCAGUUGUUAAGUUUAAAGUUAAUCGUCACCAACCACUCCGCAAGCUCAUGAAUGCUUAUUGUGAUCGAACUGGCUUGGCCAAGAAAGAACUAAGAUUUGUUAUCGAUGGCUCAAGAAUCCAUGAGAAUGAUACACCAACAUCACUUAAGAUGAAAGAAGGAGAUUCGAUUGAUGUUUUCCAAGAGUGUUAUGGUGGUGGCUCUGUUAUGAAUUAAGCAGCUAAGAGAUCACGAUGUGGUUACUGUGUGAUGGUGAAGAAAAUCAUAUCUAAACAAUUCCACCAUAUAAAACGAAAAUAUUUACCAAAACAUCUCCAUUUAAAGCAACAAGAGGAUAAAACUUCAUCAUCGACAUCACUUGCAUUCUUUUCUUUUUGACUACUUUUAAUAAAAUUUAUUAAUAAAAAUGUGAAAAAGAAAAUUUUUGAAGCGUGAAAUUUUAAUUUAUGUAGAUAGGUAUAAAAUGUUUUGAAAAUUUUCAUAUCGUCAAUAGAAAAUUUUAAAGAUUUCAACUUAUGUUUCGUUAAGACAAUUCUUGCAACCCGUUGGACAAAUUAUUCACCAGUUUUAUUCCCUUUAAAAAAAUUAUAUAUCUACGAAAAUCACCCGAUAAUUAACAUGUAAUAUCCUGCUUUUGUUUUAAUAUAACUAGGUGAUGAAUUUGUUUUUUCUUCUCUCGUAAAAUCUGUUGCACGCAAUUUAUGAUUAUUUAUGACAUACGUAACAAAGCUGUGAAAGAGAAGUAAUUACCUAUGUGAUGAUAAAAUAUUUUUCACAAUAAAACACAGAUUUUCCUCGAAACUUAUUCUGUUUUCCAAAUGUAAUCU